AUGGGGAAGUUCUUGUCGUUUGUACUGUGCGCCGUCCUUCUCUCCGCUACGUCUACGCUUGCUCUCCCGACGCCGCUCGACGGCACGGUCGUAGUGAGCAACAGCUCCAGGACCGCGUCCGGGUCGGCCACGAUGUCAGCCAUUCCGGCGAGUGAGACCGUCGCCCUGGCGAGCGACGACCCGAACUAUGUGAUGUGGAACACGACAGCUACUAGCGAUUCGAGCCUGCAGCCUGUCAGGGUUGAGGGCACAUCGAGCAACACGAUGUAUUUGCAGCCGAUGCGGGGCACGCUUGGUACGACAAUUCUCGGCCAGCAGAACAUGGCGCUGCAGGCACAGAAUCCCGACAUUAUCGCACCACCGACGACAGACAGUGGAGUGAUCCCUGGCGGAAACAUCAAGUGGCCUAUGACUUUGAGUCCAAUGCGGUUACAGACGGGCGGCUGGGCACGACAGCAAAACAUCAAUCAGAUGCCCAUUGCGACCUCUAUGGCUGGCGUUGACAUGCGCCUUGAGGCUGGCGCAAUUCGAGAGCUUCAUUGGCACAAAACAGCCGAAUGGGCGUAUGUCCUUAGUGGCAACAUGCAAGUGACCUCGGUUGACCAAGAUGGACGGAACUACCUUGGAAAUGUUGGCCCCGGUGAUCUGUGGUACUUCCCCUCAGGCAUCCCGCACAGUCUCCAAGCAACGAACGAAGAUCCUAAUGGAGUUGAGUUCCUGCUCGUCUUUGACAACGGUGACUUUAGCGACUACUCAACGUUCCAGCUGACAGACUGGCUUGCACACACGCCCAAAGAGGUGAUUGCGAAGAACUUUGGUACAAGUCUCUCUGCAUGGGAUCAACUUCCUGGCGAGGAGCUGUACAUUUUCCCUGGCAACUCCCCAUCCCCAGGUGCUCAUGUGGUAGAGGACCCGUACGGGCAAGUGCUGAAUCCAUUCACAUUCAAGAUGUCAAACAUGACGACGACGCCGCUUGCUGGCGGGUCUGUCAAGAUUGUUGAUUCGCGGACGUUCCCAGCUGCGACAGCAAUUGCCGUGGCAGAGGUGACUGUCGAGCCUGGAGGAAUGCGGGAGCUCCAUUGGCAUCCAACUGAGGAUGAAUGGACAUACUAUCUCUCUGGCACGGCCCGGUCCUCGUCAUGUCUCCGUUUUGAUCUAACCCUCUUUGUGUAUGCUGGAGAUGUUGGAUUCGUCCCUGCCACAUACGGACACUACGUUGAGAACAUCGGGAAUGACACACUGAAGUUCCUCGAGAUCUUUAACACAGAUAUUUUCCAAGACGUCAGCCUUGCUCAGUGGCUCGCAUUGAUUCCACCACAGCUUGUACAGGCGCACUUGCAGAUCUCGAAUGAGACUAUCGCAGGGUUCAACAAGACCAAGCAGGUCGUUGUCGGGCCCAACUAG